CUAACAAGCAGCUACAUCCAUUUUACUAUUACUACUAUUCAAGUGGUCGCAGGUCACCGAACAUGGAAAAUCUUCCUUCAACUCCAGUGCUCGAAUUUAAUCCGAACCAAUUACAUGAAGUGAGGAUUCUGAACGGCUAUGAAGAUGCGAAGCAAAUGAGUGAAGCCGUAGAUGCGCUCGAUGAUUGGGUUAAAAAGCAAAAUCAUUUCGCCUUCAAGGAUUUUGAUCGAGAAUAUUUAGAAGGCCUGAUCGUGAAUAACAAGGGUUCCAUAGAGCGCGCUAAGCAGCGUUUGGAUAGAACCUGCACUCUACGGAACCUCAUGCCAGAAUUAAUGUGCAACAUUGAUAUUUUGAAUGAGUUCCAGAAUUUACGUAAAAUUUUACAUAUUUGCAUGUUACCGAAACCUACAAAGGACAACUACAGAGUGGUAUAUGAAUCGUUCAUUAAGCCUGACGAUAGUUAUAAUAUACUGCAUACCUUCAGAUACACGUAUUGGAUCUUUCAGUACAGUCUCUACAACGACUAUAGCGCGGGUAUUGAAUGCAUUAUCGACCUGAGAGAGUAUAGCUUUAGUAUGUUGAGCACAUUAAGUUAUUCUGACACGCACAAAGGCAUUAUGAUGCUUAUGCAAACUUUUGGCAGCAGAUGUAAAUCGCUUCACUUCAUAUUUUCGAAUAAAGUCCUAGAUGGACUUAUGACGCUAUUACGAAAGUGCUUGAGUGACAAGUUGAACAAGCGGAUACACGUGCAUAAUUCCUAUGAGACCAUCUGCCAAGUUAUAGACAAAUCUGUACUACCAGUAGAAAUUGGCGGGGAAUACAAAAAGACUGUGAAUGAAAUAAGUGAUGAAUUCUUCAAGGAACUCUGCACCGAAUCGAACCAGGCGCGUAUCAAACGUUUGGACACAGCUGUGACUAUUGAAUCCCAAAGAUUAAAAGCUUCAUUCAAUGAAGAGUAUUCCGGCAUGCCUGGCUCUUUCAAAACUUUGUGCGUAGACGACUUGAACAGUGAUCUGGUUUACAAAACACUCAGAUUUUUGCAUUUUUUUCAGAUGGAACAAAUAAGUAUAUUUCCAUACAGCGACGAGGAAAGAAAAAUAGUGCUAAAAGAAUUCGGUUUUACUGAAAGCGGUAUAAAAGAGGACGUCGAAGCAAUCAGGGACUGGUUUCAGAGGCAACCGCAUCUGGUUGAAGCAGGAAUAGAUUCUGAAGUUAUAGUCAAGAUGCUUAUAAUGGCUAAAGGAUCUCGAGAGAAAGUCAAAAGUAAAAUCAAUAAAUUUUACAAAUACAGAGGAAUGUCUCCGGAUUUAAUUCAUAGCAGAAUAGAAGUGUUGACUGGAAAUCAAGAUUUGUUUACCUUUUAUCGUCAAGCCAUAUCGACAAAAUUAUACGAAGGAAAGAGAAUCACUACAUUAAAGUUCGUUGACCCUAAUUCAAGCUCGUUCAGAAUUGAAGAGAUCUUCAGAAAUUCUUACAUGGUUGGCGACUUAAGACUGAAAUACGAUUACAUGCUCGGUGAUAUAUGGCUCCUGGAUCUCAAGAAUAUUACUCUGGGCCAUUUCUUGAGAAUCAACCCCAUGGUGGUGCAGAGGGCUUCGCAAAUGUUUCAAGAAGGAUCCGGGUUCAGAGUAUUUAGCAUUCACGUACUAAAUGUUCCUACAAUCGGACGACAGAUAUAUAAUUUAUUCAAGCAAUUUAUCAAACCAAAGUUACUAGAAAGACUGAUGGUACAUGAAACUUUAGAGGAACUACACAAAGUUUUGCCUAAAAUGUAUUUACCUAAGGACUAUGGAGGUGAAGAAAACAGUAUGGAUGAAUUCAAAGAAUUGUAUCAAAAGGAGUUCCGAAGCGGUAAAACGUUGCAAUACUUGCUGGAUGGUUGCAAGAAAGUAUCCGACGAGAAGAAGAGACCUGGUGAUAAUGGGAACGAGGAAUUAGCGGGAACAUUCAAAAAAUUAAAUCUAGAUUAAUGGCGAA